AUGAAGGAAUCCAGCCUGUACCGAUUCAAGGACAUCAAGCCGGUGGUGAACGCGAAGGAGCUGGUGGACGUGGUACUCUCCAGGACGCAAAGGAAAACACCAACAGAAAUCCACAAAGGAUUCAAAAUUACCAGAAUCAGAAAUUUCUACAUGAGAAAGGUUAAAAUAUGUCAGGAGCUCUUCCGAGAAAAAAUACAAACAACAAUAAAUGAUUUCCCAAAGUUGGAUGAUAUCCAUCCCUUCUACUCGGAUUUGGCUAAUAUCCUAUACGAUAGGGAUCACUACAAGUUGGCACUGGGACAAUGUAGUUAUGCAGUAAAGUCGGUAAAGCGUAUUUGUCAGGAUUAUAUAAAAUUAUUGAAAUUUAGUUCAUCUCUGUAUAAAUGCAAAAUGCUAAAAAUCAGUGCAUUAGGACGUAUGUGUAAAAUGGUGAAGAAAUUACAACCCAGUUUAGUAUACUUGGAAGAAGUAAGACAGAACUUAGCCCGGCUCCCAUCUAUUAACCCUCAUAAGAAAACCAUAUUAUUAGCUGGUGCACCCAAUGUAGGAAAGUCUUCUUUUAUUAAUAUCGUUUCUCGAGCCAAUGUAGAGGUACAACCAUAUUCCUUCACAACUACCAAUUUAUAUGUAGGUCAUUUUGAUCAUAAUUUGAAUAGAUUUCAAAUUAUUGAUACACCAGGUUUACUGGAUCGAUCUCUAGAGAAUAGGAAUACCAUAGAAAUGACUACCAUUACUGCACUAGCUCACAUUAACGGAGUUAUUUUUUUUCUUAUCGAUAUUAGUGAAGAGUGUGGAAUGUCCAUUAAGGAACAGGUCAAUCUUUUUCACUCUAUUAGGACUCUCUUUCGGAACAAGUCAGUCGUAAUUGGGUUUAACAAAAUUGAUAAAAUAAAUUUAGAUGGUCUCUCAGUUGAUAAUAAAAUGCUCAUUAAAAAAAUUAUCGAUGACUCUCAGGUUCCUGUGAAAUUUUGUUCCUUCAGUACACUCACUGGGGUUGGUGUGGAGCAAGCAAAAGGGGUUGCUUGUGAUAUGCUUAAAAGUGAACAGGCUGCAGAGUUCCAGCUGGAUCGAGAAAAUUUACUCAAAGUUAAGUUGGGUGAGCGCAGAGUCAACCAGGAGCGUGCGCCUUUCAUUCCGGAAUCUGUCAUCCGGGAACGCCAGGAGAGGAGGGAACGAGAGAUGCGAGAGAGGGCCGCCAAGGGGGGGGAAGCAGUAGAAGGCGUAGCUGCAGUGCCUACAGGCGAGGGUAACAAAGCGGAUGGCAACACUGUCGCUGAUCACACCGUUGCUGGCCACGACGUUGCUGACCAUACCGCUGCUGACCAUACCGCUGCUGGCCACGACGCUCCCCUCACCAUGCGCGAAGCGAAACUGAGGAAGAAGAACAAGUCCAGGCAGAGCUACCUGAGCAACCGCAAGGACGACCGCGUUCUACAAAUCGACCUGCAAAACGAGCGAGGAGGCGCGGGGGUCUACUCCGUCGACGUGAGAAGCGUGUACGACAUAAAGGAGGAGCACAAAUAUGAUGUAAUCCCCGAAAUAUACAACGGAAAAAAUAUCAGCGAUUUUGUGGACUUAGACAUAGAGCAGAAGUUAUUAGAGUUGGAAAAGGAAGAGCAGGAAAUGUUCGAUCAAGACGCAGAGAUCGACCCCAUGUGGUUUAAAACCAAAAGAAUUUUGGAGCGCAUGGCCCUCCGACUGAAGGGACUGAAACUCAAUGCCAAAUUAAAUGAGGAGAAGCAACCACUGUAUCACAAAAAAAACAAAACAAUUGACGAAAUGGGCAAAAAAUUGGAUGCCCUCAAAUUGGACAAGGAAAAGAUACUCAAGAGUAUGACCGAGCGAGCCAGAAGAAAGGGCACACUGAACGGAGCGGACAGGAAUGAUGGCUCGUCCAAGGGAUCUGCCAAAAGCCUCCUGAACGCGAAAAAAGUGAAAAAGGAUAUUUCCAAGAAGAAACAAAUUAAGGAUAACGUAUAUGGAGACCCAACCAAAAAGUCCAAGAUUUUCCAGAGCACAUCGACCGAGUUGCAGAGGAAAAAGGCAUACAAGCUGAACAAAGCUGCGUACAGGAAAAUCGAAAAGGGAACGAAGGGAGAAGCAGACCGCUCCAUCCCUGCGAAGAAGCCGAGACACUUGUUUUCGGGCAAGAGGUCCAUAGCGCCUAUCGGUGGCGAAGUGUUUCCACGGACUUUUACGCCACCUUUUGUAACAGCCUUUGCGCUGACCUUUACGCUGACUUUUACGCUGACCUUUGCGCUGAUCUUUGCGCUGACCUUUACGCUAACUUCUACGCUAACUUUUAUGCCCACCUGCGGAGGGAAUCCGUCCGUCCCUUCGGGCGAGCCGCUUCCACUGCGCGGUUCAACUGUCGUAUGUCUUAAUUCGCAUGCUACUGAGGCCCCAAACGAGGGUCCUCCGUUUUCGAGGCCGCUUUGGAGUCCUCGCCUGGGGGUCCAGUUCGAGUUGUAUUUAAAAAAAAAACAGAAGGGGUUAAAAUGGCACUCGCACGGGGUGUGUGUGUGCAAAGUGUAG